UUACAAGCAUCAAAGCAAUUAACAAAAUAGAGAGAGAAAAGAGGGAGAGCAAAAAAGGAGUUUAUUGUAGAAAUAUGGGUGGUUGGGCUAUAGCGGUGCACGGUGGCGCUGGUGUGGACCCAAAUCUCCCAGCUGAACGUCAGAAACAAGCUAAAGAACUCCUUACUCGUUGCCUUAACAUUGGAAUCUCCGCUCUUCGCUCUUCUCUACCUGCCAUUGAUGUCGUUGAACUCGUUGUGAGAGAACUGGAAAGUGAUCCUCUAUUCAAUUCGGGUCGUGGAUCUGCAUUAACUGCAAAUGGAACAGUGGAAAUGGAGGCGAGCAUUAUGGACGGCGACGGUAGACGAUGCGGCGCCGUUUCUGGUAUCUCCACCGUGAAAAACCCAAUCUCCCUCGCUCGCCUUAUUAUGGAUAAAUCCCCUCAUUCCUAUCUCGGUUUCUCCGGCGCUGAAGAAUUCGCCAAACAACAGGGCGUGGAGAUGGUAGACAAUGAAUAUUUCAUCACCGAGGACAAUGUUGGAAUGCUGAAACUAGCCAAAGAGGCUAACACCAUUUUGUUCGAUUACAGAAUUCCAUUAACUGGAUUGGAUUCCUGUGCGUCAUCCGUUGAAAGCCCAAUUCGCAUGAACGGAUUACCGAUAAGUGUUUACGCGCCGGAGACGGUGGGAUGUGUGGUGGUAGACGGCCAAGGUAGGUGCGCCGCCGCCACAUCCACGGGUGGUUUAAUGAACAAAAUGACCGGUCGUAUCGGUGACUCACCGCUGAUUGGUGCUGGGACCUACGCAGGUGAGCUUUGUGGGGUCUCAUGUACAGGUGAAGGAGAAGCUAUCAUACGUGGAACCCUAGCACGUGACGUGGCAGCAGUUAUGGAAUAUAAGGAAUUGGGCCUUCAAGAAGCAGUGGACUUUGUGAUUAAGAAGAGAUUGGAUAAUGGGUUUGCUGGGCUUAUUGCUGUGUCUAAUAAAGGGGAAGUGGCUUAUGGGUUUAAUUGUAAUGGAAUGUUUAGAGGAUGUGCUACUGAAGAUGGAUUUAUGGAUGUUGGUAUUUGGUAAUAGAGAGAUAGAGUUUAUUAGGAUGUUAUUUGCUUUAAUUUUCAUUUAGCGAUGCUUGAUAAAUAAUUAUGUUUGGUAAUUACUAGUACCAUUGUUUAAGUUUAAUUGUGUAUUGGGCAUCAUCUAUUGCUUCAUAAAGUAAUGAACUCCGACGAUUUUUGGUUGUU